AUGCUCCAUUCACUCGUCAGUGGAAUAGUCGCCUGCUAUUCACAGAUGUAUAUUGCUCACGCGAUUGGGAGAACAGUGGAUAUUGCCUCGCCUGAACUAAUUUCUGCAUGCAAAUCUGCUCCAACGGACUGUAAGGAGAUUCAACAGCAUUUGUGCAUCAUGUCCCAUAGCUUCUCAAUCACUCGUGUUUUAAACUCUGGAAACUUGAUAUGGGAAUCUCAAAGUCACGGUGAAGCCUGCAUAUACUACACUGUCUAUCAGUUUUACGGCCAGAACUAUCUCGGGUACCUCAAAAUCCGGAACGGUCUCUUCUCCCACUACGUGCAUUACAGGAUAAACGGAGAGGAGUGGAGAGAGAUUGCAUUUGAAGAAUACGUUUUGACCUUUUCCAGGAUGCGGACUGAGCGCAUCUUUGACGUUGGAUUUCCUGAGGAUCACAUUGUGAGAACGACGGAAUACACUCCAUUUGGAACUCCUGCAUUCAUUUAUAACCCGUACGAAACGUACAAGAUCGUCAAGGUCCAGGACGGCAUUGUGAACAUUUGGGAGUCAAACUCUGCAUGCGUAAACUGCGAGUAUGUGGUUGUCCACAAGGCACGGGGAGAGCCCAGGAUGGUACACAUGUUUGUCAAGGACGGAGAUACCUAUGACAUUCUCUAUUUUGACAGAAUUGGAACGAAGUGGAUUGGCAUCCAAAAGGCCGAUUUUUACGCGAAACUCGGUGAACUGGAUGGUGAAAUUACGAGGCUGUAA